UAGUUGUAAAUAUUUACAUUUCAGGCAGCUGACUUCCAUUCACCUGACUACAAUUAAAGACUGACGGAAAUAUUGUCGCUGAUAGGUAUUACUGCAUGAUUAAAUAAUAACUCCACGUUGAUGACUGACUAUUUCGUUCUGCUUAAGAGCUCUCUUGCAAUUAGUUAGUUAGCUCAGCAUUUGGAACAUUUACGAAGUGAUUAGCAGUUAGCAGCUAGUUGAGCUAGCUGCUUUGCGGGCGAACAAAGGGGUCCGUGGAGUUUCUGAAAAUGGACAAGAUUGCUAAAGAUGUGGGUGAUAUCCAGUCCCGUCUGUUACACCACAGACCCAUCAUCAAUGCAGAGAUCCGCUACUUCGUGAGAGAGUUUGAGGAGAAACGUGGACACAGGGAGAGCAGACUGUUAGAGAAUCUCAGUAAAAUGGUGGUGGAAGCAAAUGAGCAAAUGCUGCCCACAAAUUUAGAGGGUACAAACCAGGAUAUGAUGUCUAACAUCAUUAAACGGUUGGAAGCUGCCAAUCACAUGGCAGACAGAGUCCAGCAGAGGGAGCUAGAGGCGCAGCAGAACACCCAGCUGCAGAUGAACAUGGAGCGUUUGAAAGAAGAAUGGGCAGACUUUCUGAAAGAGCAGCAGAGAUUAAAGGAGGAGGUGGAUGAGGAGCAUGCCAAAGCUGUAGGACAAAUCAGCACCCACUACAGUGAAAUGAAGAUGGACGUAACCAAGUUUUCACCCCUCUGAUCAGUGGAUGUUUCUGACGCCCCCUCACACUCUGGCCAGUAUAUCCUGAUGGCUUUACCAGCAGGAAGUGGGGCUUUUACAGUGAUGGCACUGGACCAAGAAGCAUCUGUGAAAAGCUGCCCCCAAGUCAAGUAGGAUUCUGUCACCACCUGUGAUGUCUCACCUCUGGCGACAUGGUUUGAAUGGUCAAUAAAGUGCAGCGCUGAGCUACUUUUGAGAAAGACAAGAAAAGAAAUGGCAAGGGAUAUCCUCAUGCAAGGGUGCCUACAAUUAUGAUCAGUGUAGGCACAGGUUUAAAAAAACAAGAAGUAAUUCUUACCAUGCUCAUCAUCUGAGUUUAGCAUAUUAGCAUGCAAACAUUGACAACAUUGACUACUUGUGUACAGAAGAGGCUGAUGGGUAAAUUAUGUAGCCAUUGUCCAAGGUUUUAGAGGAUUUAAGUGUUUAACCCUGAUGAUGGGGCUAGAUGAAAAGUUAGAGGAUCAACAGUCUGAAAUUCACCCUGGUGGAAACACAAAUAUGUGUUCCAAAUUUCACAGUAAUCCAUCAAGUUGUUGUCAAGACAUUUCACAUAAAACCACAGAAAGACCAAAGCGGUGGACAAACUGAUCAACAGACCAACAUUGCCUGUCAUAGGACUGCAAUGUGGCAAAAAAUCCUUUUUUGGCCCGUCCCUCUGCUGCUUCCCACUGGACCACUUCUGCUCUGGAUUGGCCCGGCAUGUGUGGGUUAGAGAAACCCACACACUCAACGACUGUGUAUUAGAUAAGGAGCUACUUUGUGUUACUUUUGUUUGGUUAAGAUAACUGGGCCUUAGUAAAGUUUCUCUCACACACACACCACGUGUGGGUCCCAUUGUCCCAGGGUUUUAACAUCUUCUCUAUAAAAGGCCGUUUGUUGGUCUGGAGCAAAGACAUCAAUAGUGAUCUUAGAGAAGCAAUUGUUGGUGCUCAUCAAUCUGGGAAGGGUUAUAAGGCCAUUUCCAAAAAAUUUGAAGAACAUCAUUCUACAGUGAGAAAGAUUAUUCACAAGUGGAAAACAUUCAAGAAUGUUGCCAAUUUCCCCAGGAGUGGACAUCCCAGCAAAUUCACCCCAAAGUCAGACUGUGUAAUGCUCAGAGAAAUUGCAAAAAACCCAUGAGCCACACCUCAGACUCUCCAGGCCUCAGGAAGGGUUGCCAGGAGAAAGCCUCUUCUCUCAAAAAAGAGCAGGCAGCACAGCUUGGAUUUGCAAAGUUGCAUCUGAACAAACCACAAGACUUCUGGAACAAUGUCCUUUGGACAGACAAGACCAAAGUGGAGAUGUCUGGUCAUAAUGCACAGUGCCACAUUUGACAACACAGCAUAUCAGCACAAACACCUCAUACCAACUGUGAACCACAGUGGUGGAGGGUUGAUGAUUUUGGCUUGUUUUGUAGCCACAGGACCUGGAUACCUUGCAGUCAUUGAGUUGACCAUAACUCCUCUGUAUACCAAAAUAUUCUUGAGUCAAAUGUGAGGCUAUCUGUCCAGAAGCUAAAGCUUGACCAAAAUUGCAAUAGCAGCAAAAUUGCAAUGACAAUGAUCCCAAGCACACCAACAGAAUGGCGGAAAAAAAAAAAGAAUCAAGGUGUUGCAAUGGCCCAGUCAAUGUCCAGACUCCAACCCAACUGAAAUGCUGUGGUGGGGUCUUAAGACAGCUGUGCAAUGUUGUAAAGAAGAGUGGGUCAGCUGACUCUGUGAGUACACAGGCCUUUUGGAAAAUGGUGGUAAUUCCAGUAGUAUAGAUACCGCAGGGGAACUGGCUGAAUCCCACAGAAAGUAGUAGAACAUAACACUUGGAAUACAGCAGGAGCUGUUAAUGUAGUCCACAACCACCUUGAAUCAUUCUUCCUUCCUCCCUCUCCUUCCUCCACUCCCUCUCAUCACACUCCUCUCUUUCUUUAUUUCUCGCUGUCCUCAUUUCCUUUCCCUCUCUUUCACUACUCUCUCACACUGUCUUUUAGCCACCCAGAUGAAUGUUGCUUUCCGAUUUCCAUCCCUUUAAUGCUUUUUUUCUGGGAUUGUUCCAAACAUAUGGGAGAGCCCUUUCUCCGCUGUCUUUUCCCAGCACAGGUGCCUGCUGAAGUGACUCCAGUAAGCUGUCUGUAAAUGACAUUGGUUCCCCUUGGUUGGUCACAUCCUGUCUCCCGGAUAUGAUACUCAUAGCCAUGAGUCGUCUCUCUAUUCCUAAUGGAAACAAGUCUGGCUUUGGAUUGCAUGACGUCCAAUUGUGGGAAGACAGUGCUGAAAGCAUUACUACAGAAAGACUGAGUUUCCAAAAGGGUAAUUCCCAUAUGUUUACAAGACAGAAUUAGAUUUGGUCAAAAAUAGCAUCUGAAUUAUUCCAGAGACUUUCCUUGAAGGUUUUUCCUCAUUGUGCUCCUUGGCAGUGUUGAAAAUUAGAUCAAAAUCUGAAAAAGAUCUGUUUCUGAUAGGCACUGAUAGGUAGCUGUUAAGAAAAAGGUUGUCAUUGUUUCUCCCAUUUAUUUUUAUUUUAAAAUGAUCGCCUUUAAAUUGCUUCAAGAUGAUUUUUAUGUUGACAAAAGAGAGACAAUAUACAUCUGUCAGGGAAAAGUGAAUACCACUCUUUUAUCUGUCUGGUAAAUAUGAAGUUACUUAGUGAAAGACUGUAAACAUGGGGAAACAGCCAUCCUGGCCCUGUCCAAAGGUAAUAGAAACCACCUACCAGCACUUCUAAAGCUAAUUAACACAAAUGUUAAGUAAAAAAGUGUAUGUUAUCAAGUAUGUGUUAUCAGGUUUUGGUUUUACAGGGAGUUAUUCAGCAGACUAUUUCUACAAGAAGUAACUGUAACUGUAACCAAGAAAUAGUCACAUAAUCCCUGGUAACACUGCAACAUGUUCUUUUUGUGGGUUUAACAAACAUAUAACACAUUAGAUAGUGAGUUAGAGGUGCUGGCAUUAUAUUUAAUGGACAGUUGAGAGAAUGGUAUCAGCCUUCUCAUUUCACUCUCAAUAAGAAACCAAAUAUGUGUAUUUCUCAAAAUGUCAAACUAAUGUGUCUUAGUGUCUUCUAUCUGUCUCCUAUCUGACCUAUAGGCAAAACCUGCUGCUGACUCUUUAGUUAGUAUGGUAGGGCAUAGACACACCUCAUGAAAAAAAGUUUUCCUGCCCUACUUUGAGGUCUUGCACACUCGCUAAGCUAAAAGUCCCUAGAACACUGUCUAACUAUGGCAUGGGCUGUUUUUCAAUUCACACACACACAAACACACAGAGUUCCUCUCUGUUACUCACUGUCUCUCACUUCUCAGUUUCACCCCACCCCACCCACAAACUUCAGGCAAUUAAGAAAAUACACAGAAUGCCCUAAGGUCCCCAGGGUCCAUAAAUCUUUCUUUUUCCUAUUACACCAUGCUAUAGCCUGGCUUGGCAAGGUGCCUAGCCAUCAACAAUGGGUAACCAGUAGACACCCACAGCUAUGUGGCCUCCACUUCACCAGGAAAAAUGUAAAAUGUGUCAGCAGCAAUUUGGUCACAUAUGACAUGUUGAGAUUAAAUAGUGAUGUGUGGUUAUUGACUUGCCAUGGUAACUAUAAAGCCCCUUUGGGAGAGUCAGGCCUAUUGUGUAGAUGCUAUUUAUCAUGUGCAAAAGUCAAAGAAAAUAAUCUCAAAUAUCAUUUUUCAUCUCCAAUUAGGCAACUGUGUUUCACCGUGUGAGCAGCAGCAGGAAUGUGAGAGGGAAGCGAUAACUUUGGGUCACAAGUGGGUGUCAUGGCCUUUUUUUUUUUCUUUUUUUUUUUGACGUAAUAGCUCAAAUAAACUUUAGUGGGUGGGAGUCCUUGUACUGGUGAAACUUCUAUGUCAGCACAGAAAACUAAAUCAGAGCAGAAAUACGAUCGCAGCAGUCAUAACAGCCCAGACAAAAAUACCUUUGAUGUGAAAUGAAAAUGUUCAAGAAGGCAGCACACAGUGUGUACUUUCACUCACUGCUGAAUAUGGUUGUUGAAGACACAACACAUUAUAGUGAGUUUUAGAUGUACUGGUAGGCUGAUUCUGCUACUGUUGGACAGGCUAGCGAUUUUCUCCUGUCUCCAGUCACCUGCCGGCUAGCUUGAUAUGUAGCACACAGACAUAUUGUGUUUUCAAUAAUGUCAAACUUCUCCUUUGGCGUUCAUGAGUAAAGGUUUCCUCGGGCCUACAUACAUAGAAACAAACUGCUUAAUUUGCGAUGCGGCCGUGAAAUCAGUUUUGACAACAUUUAGGUAUCUGCACUGCUGACCUUGUAGGUGUAGGUUUGCCUGUUGUUUUUGUCUAGUUUGCUCUCUGUAAGUAAGGUCACAGCCAAAGGGUAGAGCAUUUCAUGAAGUUCAUCUGAGAGAAGUAUGUUUGAGUUUUUACAGCCAGAGGUUAAAGAUCAUCUCUUGUCAGCCUUGGGGGUCAGUGUAGAAUCAUCUAUCUCUUGUGAGUCUCUAACAAGUAUAUUGCUUCUCCAUUGAAUGCCUGUACUCCCUGUGGACAAAAUAAUGUGUGUGUGUGGAAUUUUAAUGGCUGUCCAGGGCACAGCAGGACAUCUCCUGAUGCUAGCCACCUCAAAUACACCGGCACACACACUCAUCUACACACAGAGCACUUCAUAAACACCUCUGCCUGUUACAUAUACAUAUAUAUAUAUAUAACAUCAGACACUGACUGUGCAUGGUAGGAUCAUUUUCUGCAAUGAAAAUGCAGACACUCAAGAGGACUUGGUUUUUAUGAAAGAGCUGACAGUCUGGAAUAGUGUUAUAUAUGGUACCAUAGUGCUUCUCUGGGCAACACCUCCAUUUCCAUGCUGUAACCUCCUCCUUUCCUCUUCCCACUCUUCCUGUUGUCCAGAUGAAAGGAAAAGGGGGGAUGAUUAAAGAGAAAUACUGUAUAUGUGAA